AACGUAUUCCCGUGAAAGCAGGGCACUGACUAAUAUUUCGCGUGAUAUACGCACGUAAUCUCCUUGCUACUCUCCCGUCUACCGGACUUUAACGACCGUAGUGAUCACGCCUUAGGUGCAAGCAACUUCGAUGGCUGUUCCUUCAGUACCAUAUUGAUUAUUCGAAUAAGUACAACUUCACCUCGGACUGAAUAGAAGCGUACGUUCCCUCGCCUCUUGAAUCUUUCUGUCGUAUUAAACAUUGUAUCUAAAUUGUGUUUACUGCAUUUUGGGAAACAAUUAAUCUACUGUUUGCCAAGGCACAGAAGAGCUAGAAAUCGGAAGAUAUGGGUGUUUCUAAGAGGGUCACAAUGACUUACAAUAAAAGUCUCCGACAGUAAAGAGCUCAUUACUCUCUUCCUCAGCAACGACUUUGUAAAGGUCCAUAGAUUCCGGGUAUAACAGGGAACAUGGAUUUGCUAAACCUUUUUUUGUCGGUGUGGUGGUUUAGCUGUUUUAUUGCACCAAUUCAGCAUGUAGGAAGUGUCUCACAAGAAAUAACGUGUUACACUUGUUCUAACAAGACAACCAACUUUGAUUGUAAUAGAUACGCUGUCGAUAGGCCUUGUUUCCCAGACCAAACUUUGUGUUACACCAAACAUAUCAUGGAUGAAUAUGGAGAGACAACCUUGUUAUCUAAAAGUUGUGCUACUAAAGAACAAUGCAAUCACAGGACAGUUGGUUGCUAUCUUUUAGCAAAUCAUCCUAUUAACAUGAAGUGUAUUUCUUGCUGUGACAUUCCAUACUGCAAUCGGGAGAUCCCAACCAACGAAACCAACGCCAUUUUGUUACUGGAACGACAAGACUCAAACAAAGGUUUUCAGAUUGUAUUCUACUGGACAGGGGUAUUCCUGUACAUUAAACUUUGGAUUCUCUUAAUAAGUAUUUGAAACAUGAUGUCUAAAUGUCAAGUUUUACUUUUUCUGACUCCCUAUGUUAUCUUAAAGAAGUUGUUCUAGUAUCGUCAUUAUUUUAAAAUAUUUUCUAAGAGUAAGAAAAAUGAUACAAUAAUUUCCUUUCUAAAUAUUAUAGACA